CGAGUAGUAGUGACCAAGAACAAUCCCGGGAACUCAAAUUUGCUGCUAAAUCGAAUUUGGCUUUAUGCUAUUUGAAAUUGGGUGAUUAUGACAAAUGUAAAAGAGCAUGUGACAGCGCUUUAAUAUUCGAUUCACAAAAUGAAACAUGUCUCUUUCGUCGUGGUCAAUGUCACUUGGCAUGGGGUUAUUUUCAUGCAGCUAUUCGUGAUUUUGAAACUGUUCUCAAAUUGAAUCCAACAAAUGAUGCUGCAAAACAGCAAAUGCAAGAGUGUCAACAACAAAUUCAAGCGUAUGAAGCCAAGAAAAAGGAAUCGUACAAAUCCAUUCCUAAAACAGAGGUCAAGGAGCAUACCAAGGACAAGGUCAGAAAUGCAUCUCAUCCAAUAAUGUCAAAAAAAAACUCUUCUUUUUCUAGACUAACGCAACCGAGACAAGUGUGAAAAGGGACGAAAAAUCGACUGAAUUCACUUGAUUGUCGGACAUAUUUAGCUCGUCGUUCAGUUUUUACUGUCGAUUUGAACAAAAACUGUCGAACAAUUCUUAUAUACAACUUUUUUUUUCGUUCAUUCCUAUUUUCUUGCUUCCAAUGUGUGACAACUCGAAAUUCUAAAUAGAUAAUUCAUCUGCUAUAUCAUUACAUCGUAUUUGUUUCAAAAUAAAAGACAAAGUGUCAUUUUUCGAAUAACUCUGGAUCGGAAUAAGAUAGAGACCUGCAGUUUUCACUAUUAGAAAGAACAACAUCAGGACAACAAAAAGAGAUGUCAAAUACAUAAUCGAUCAGAUGAAUUUUCAUUGAACAUUUUGUGAACGACUUUCUGAAGCAAAUUUUGGGUAUACUUUGGAUAUUCAAUGGAACUAUUCGAUAGAAAAAAGUGUUCACUUUCGAUUAUGAAAGUGUAAAUGAGAGCUGCUUCGAAAAAAGUAUAAUUCCAUUAGAUGAAAUGUUUAUUCCAUGAUAAAAUAAAUAAACAGAUGAAUAAUAAUAUAAUAGAUGGUUUCGACCAUUAAGCCGUCAUUAUUAAGAAAACGAUGUAAAAACCAUGAAAACUCAAAUCUACGUAUAUCUAUGAAUAAGCUAGAGAGAAGAAAAAAUGAACAUAUGAAACGUCAAUGGUAUUGAAACGAAAAGAUCAACCAUUGUAAUCAGAGAAGUUGAUGGCCUGGAUGUGGAUGUGGCCCCUGGUGCUUAAUGUUUCUUGUAUCCACACUCACAUCUUAGCACAAAACAAUGAAAGUACAAAUAACAUAGACCAACUCAUUACAACAAAUAAUCAUGAAAUUUGUGUCCGCAAAUUCGAAUCCCCCAGGUAGACAGAAUCAAUAAAAAAACGCGUAAAAAUGCACAAAAUAUGAAUGCAUUAUAACUUUCAAGCGCAUUUUUCAUGGUUUGCGGUGGGGUGUGGGUGUGGGUGUGGGUGUGGGUUGGUGUGGGUGUGGGUGUGGGUGUGAGGUGUGGGUGUGGGGUGUGGGUGUGGGUGUGGGUUGGUGUGGGUGUGGGUGGGUGUGGGUGUGGGUG